AUGAUGUUGAUAUCACGUGGCGGCUUAUCGAUAAGUCGGUCUUUUGAACUGCGUCUCGAGCUUUCCCCGGCUUUUGCGGAGUCAAUCAUGUUCGUCGUACGUGGAGCUGGACCUUUUGGUCUCUGCAAGACUAUCUCUAUUUCUCGAUGGCCUGCAUCGAGGCUUUAUUCGACCAAAACGCAUGACCCUCUCAGGAUCUUGUUUUGCGGUUCCGACGAGUUUAGUAUUGCCUCCUUGAAAGCUCUCCAUGCCUAUCACUUGAAACAACCGAAUCGGAUUGCUUCUAUUGACGUGGUUUGCCGCCCGGGAAAGCGAGUGGGAAGAGGCUUGAAGAAAAUUCGUCAAGUGCCCAUCAGGGAGACUGCCGAGUCCCUCUCACUUCCAAUUCAUGAGAUUGACACAUUUACUGGAUGGACUCCUCCAGUUACCCCGAAUGGUCCGAUCAAUCUGAUCAUCGCGGUAUCCUUCGGACUGUUUGUACCUCCGCGUAUUCUGAACUCCGCUAGCUACGGCGGACUGAACGUGCAUCCUUCAUUACUGCCGGAUUUCCGCGGCCCAGCUCCGUUGCACCACACUCUCUUGGCAGGAGAAAAGUCAACUGGAGUUACCCUCCAGACACUACACCACAAAACUUUUGAUCAUGGAACUAUUCUCGCCCAGACACCACCGCCCGGCAUUGAUAUUCCCAAUCCCGACUUCUGCACUGUCCCCGAGCUUCUGAACUUCGUUGCACCAAAGGGUGCCCAGCUACUAGUGGAUGGCAUAAAAGAUGGCCUAUUUGUACCUCCCGUAAAGGAAGUAGGCUGGCGGACCAAAGAAACAACCGAGAACCUAACUCACGCAAGCAAAAUCAAACCAGAGGACCUGCACAUCGACUGGGCAAACUGGACAAUGCUCGAGAUCAACCGACGCAACCGAGUCCUCGGUCCUUUAUGGAGCAAGGCACUUGUUGCAUCGAACCCUUCAGAUGGCCCUCUCACAUUCCAACAGAAGCGAGUAAUUCUGACCGAAAUUGAAGAAGUGGAGCCCCCGAAAGGAUGUGACACUUUAGCUGUGGUUCCCGGUCUGCCAUUCGUGAAUGUCCCUUGUCCCGUUGAGCCCAAGAAAGGAAGAGCUCUUCAUGCGUUUACUCGGGAUGGCAGGGUUCUGCGCAUCAAUAAGAUGAAAGUGGAGGGUGAAGCGGUGGCCGAUGGACUUCGUGCUGCAAUUAAAGCUCGCAUGUUUGGUGAUCGGUCGUUCCAGUCGGAAAGUGUUGAGUUUACAACUUUCCGCAAUCCUCUGGUUUGA